AUGCAAGCCGCUCACGAGGAGGAGGACGACGACGAAGCGCCGAUAAUUUUUUUCCUCCCCUGCCUUCGCACCACCGCCGCGACGCUCCUCAAUUGGAGGUCGAUUUCCUCUGAAUUGACCUUGAUGGAUGGGACAACGGAGGAGAAGAGGCUGAGGAUGCAGAAGAAGGCAAAGAAGAAGAGGACGAAGAUGACGAGGAAGAAGAGGAAGUGA